CGCGAGCGGAGUGAAGGCGCAUUUGAAGGGAUAACGAGAGCUGCGCCCGGCCAGGGAUCAGUGAAACACUGUCUGCUGCUGCACAUACACGUCUCACAGUUACUGACGGACAGCCAGGCGGACGCCGGAGGACCACAACCGCGAUCUGAGAGGUGUAAAUGGCCACAUUUCCCAAAUAGAGACGCUGCUGCCUGCGAGAGUACCUGUGUAUCAAAUGGGUCUUGGAAAUUAGGACGUGCGUUUUUCCCGUGAAUUAGACUCGACGGAAGUUUCUGUGGCAGAUUUUUGGGAGAUUUAGAUUUACUGUCUGCAGUCAUGGACGAGGACAACCAAGUGCCCGAGGACCUGUCUUUGGAGGAGAGAGAUGAGCUGUUUAACAUACGACGCAGGAAAAAAGAGCUUUUGGAUGAUAUUGAACGGCUGAAAUUUGAGAUUGCAGAAGUGAUGACUGAGAUUGAACAGCUAACCUGUGUGGGGGAGAGCAAAACCACACAAAGAAACAAACAGAUCGCCAUGGGAAGGAAGAAAUUCAAUAUGGAUCCUAAAAAGGGAAUCCAGUUUCUCCUGGAAAACGAUCUUCUCCAGAACACCCCUGAAGACAUCGCGCAGUUCCUCUACAAAGGAGAGGGUCUCAACAAAACAGUCAUCGGGGACUACUUAGGGGAACGGGAUGAUUUUAACAUCAAGGUCCUCCAGGCUUUUGUGGAGCUUCACGAAUUUGCAGACCUCAACCUCGUCCAAGCGUUAAGGCAGUUUCUGUGGAGCUUCAGACUUCCUGGUGAAGCUCAGAAGAUUGAUCGAAUGAUGGAGGCGUUUGCCUCCAGAUACUGCCAGUGUAAUCCCGGCGUCUUCCAGUCCACAGAUACCUGCUAUGUCCUGUCUUUUGCGAUUAUAAUGCUGAACACCAGCCUCCACAAUCCCAACGUUAGAGACAAGCCCCCAGUGGAGCGCUUCAUCUCCAUGAACAGAGGGAUCAAUGAGGGGGGAGACCUCCCAGAGGAGCUACUCAGGAAUCUAUACGACAGCAUCAAGAGCGAACCCUUUAAGAUCCCAGAGGAUGAUGGGAAUGACCUGACACACACGUUCUUUAACCCAGACAGAGAAGGCUGGCUGCUCAAAUUAGGGGGCCGUGUGAAAACCUGGAAGAGAAGAUGGUUCAUCCUGACGGACAACUGCCUCUACUACUUCGAAUACACAACUGACAAAGAGCCUCGUGGGAUAAUCCCACUGGAGAAUCUCAGCAUCAGGGAAGUGGAAGAGCCCAGGAAACCUAACUGUUUCGAGCUGUACAACCCCAAUCACAAGGGCCAGGUGAUCAAAGCUUGCAAAACGGAGGCAGAUGGGCGCGUUGUCGAGGGCAACCAUGUGGUAUACAGGAUAUCAGCACCCACGCCUGAGGAGAAGGAGGAAUGGAUUAAAUCUAUUAAGGCCAGCAUUAGCAGAGACCCCUUCUAUGACAUGCUCGCCACCAGGAAGAGGCGCAUCGCCAACAAGAAGUGAGGAGGGACACCUCCAGCCUGCUACAUCUUUCUCUCCCUCAGUUCAUACACACACACAAAUCACAAGCUGCAAAGCUGGGUCAUCACAGAAAUGACUGCUGACCAAAUAACUGACUUCAAGCCUGAAGACAGACCUCAGUCUCUUCCCUGAACCGUCUCCAACUUCAGGCACUUGUACGGGAGACAUCACAGACUACGGAGGGGGACAGCAAAGCACUCAGAGAUUAAAAUACGUGGACUCGGUUCUUGUACGGAGCAGCAACACAACUCACGCCUCCACCUCCUCAUCCUGCAUCGUCCCUGACGUACCUCCUCCGGUCAUAAGUUUCUCCAUCUCCCUAAAGCACAACUGCCAUGUUUCAGCUGCAGAUGCAUGCCUGUGGGGUUGUUCCAGACAAAUGUGUUUAUGUUUGUGUGUGUGCGUGUGUGUGUGUGUGUGUGUGUGUGUGUGUGUACCAGUGUGCAUGCUAUCAGUGCACACAGCAUCUGCUGUACGGCUGCAUAAGUGAUGCAAAUGCUCCGUCCACUGUGCUUUAUUUUUUGGAAAUUCAAAAUGCGAGUUCAGUAAGGUGGGAAUCAGCAAGAUAAAACGCAGCAGGGUGGGACAGGGAGACGCGGUUGAAUCAAUGCAGUAUAACCUCAGCUGGACUAUGUUGUCAUCUCACUCUGGUGCUGAAUUCCUCUCUCCAGGUGCCCUGCUCAGAGCAACUUCGGAGAAAGCUGGCUUACGUUUAGGUUCCUAACGAAGGGUCACAUUGUUAAAUCAGCUGGGCUGAUUUCAUUUAUUUGCGUGCAGCAGAGACCUUUGAAAUGUGCAUACUUUUAUUUUAGCAUUGGUGCUAGGGCUUCAGAUUUCUGUUGUAAUCCUUAAGAUUUCAGAGCAGUCUGGUUACGUUCACAUCGUUAUACCAAACAUUGACCCAGAAAAGAGCGACCGCUUUAAUUGCUUACAUCCUAACGGAUACAACUCGGCAUCACAGUUUUCCACCUUUCUGUGAAACACAAAACAACUAUGAUCAGCUGACACUAACUUUGGAAAAAUAAAUAUUUUCUACUUGUACACCAACAUUCAGUUUCUUGUAAAUCUUUAAUUUAUAUAAAAGCAGGUUGUAAUUCAGCAGGUGAUUGACAGACUCACUUUCAGGUUUAUGGAAAGAAAAAAAAGAAAAAAGAAACAAUGACUUGCUUUUUCUGAAAGAUUUAUGACAUCAAAACAGCAUUAAAAUAGCAUUUCACUCAAAAUCUGAUUUCAUGAACAUCUUAAGGGUUACAACUUUAAAAGCACUUUCAUUUGAGAAAGUCUUUUCAGUCUAAAGGGUGGACUUGGUGUCUGGCUGUGCGGUGGUCCAGUAGGUACCAGUCAUGUUAAGCUUUUGUUCUUUUUUCCUCUUGUCUUGUCUUGCCUACGUUAGUAAACUUUGCUGUAUUGUACUAUUUGCAUUCAGUUUGUACUCCUAAAGAUCCUUGCUUGCUUUUUGUGUUCCUCUUUAAGAAUUUCUAUAUAAUAAUAAACUCUCAUUUUUGUAUUUAUUUCUGUUUGUGAAAUGGUUUAAUACCACCUGUAAAUGUUAAACAACUUAUGCUUAAGUUAUGUAUGAAGAAAUAAUGUAAAGGUUUCUGGUCUCUCUGUUGUAGUAUGCACACUCUGUGUAACAAGUUUGCUUCAGCUGAAGUUUGGGGUCUUCUUUGCAAAAGCCUUAAACAUAAUCGUCAAAAAAUAUACAAAGACAAUAAUGAUGACAACAAUGAACAGAAAACUGUGAUAAAGCUGUUAUAAAGCCAUGACUGACAAGUGAGAAAAGAUUUAUGAUGAUGAACAUUCAGUGAAUAUGAUGUUUGACGUUAAUGAUGAGCAUCACGGUGAAGUAAUAGCAGUGAGGAUGAAAAUAUAAUUGAUGAUGAUGAUGUCAAAAACACUACUAGUUUUCUAUGUGAUUGUAAAAUAAACUGAAAGCCUUGUGGUCAGGGCACAAUAUUAUCUUUUAUUGCCCAAUGUGGGCAUGUAGUUGCAUUAACUUUUAUAUUCUCUGUAAAAGCUACUGGUCACGUUGUACAUUACGUGUAUCUACAUAAAGUAUACAUAAAGCUUAAAGCGGAUUCAUGUUGUGUUCAUUAUUGAUUUUGCCUUGACCUACUUGUUUGCAGAGAUAACCU